ACUUCACUGUAAGAGUCCCUGUCAAAACUGUCAUUUGGCCUAGAAACAUCUUCACCGGCGGUGUUAAUAACUGCAAAAAGCCGAUAUGUUGAGGACUGGGUAUUAAUCGGAUUGGUGCACAUCCGUCAGUUUUGUUCUGAGAGCUUGACAAAAAGAGAUGACAGUGUCCUCUUUAAGGAGGUGAUGCUUGUUUUGCUCAUCUUCAUUCCUGGCAUGCCUGACCGUUUGCAGCUAUAGGAUCAUCAUCAAUGAAGUAGCAGGUCAAGUAAAACAGAUCUGCUCCGACCUCCUCUCCAGAGAGACAGAAAGUCGUAUUUUAACCAGAAGUUUAUUAGGGUUUAUUGCUCGGAUGAUCGGAGCAGGCGGAAAGAAGUCGAGAUGCGGAGUCGGAGUAAUUCAGGAGUGCGACUGGAUGCGUUCGCGAGACUCGUCCAUGAGACCAUCCUGUGCUAUCAGAAUCCAGUGACAGGUUUGCUCCCGGCCAGUGCACAGCAGAAAGAUGCCUGGGUCAGGGACAACGUUUACAGCAUUCUGGCAGUGUGGGGUCUGGGAAUGGCCUAUCGCAAGAAUGCGGACCGUGAUGAGGACAAGGCCAAGGCUUAUGAGCUUGAACAGACUGUGGUCAAGCUGAUGCAAGGACUGCUGCAGUGUAUGAUGAGGCAGAUGGAAAAGGUGGAGAAGUUUAAACACACACAGAGCACCAAGGACUGCCUGCAUGCCAAGUACGACACAUCCACUUGUGCGUCGGUGGUUGGAGAUGACCAGUGGGGGCACUUGCAGGUAGACGCCACGUCAUUGUAUCUGCUGAUGCUGGCACAGAUGACGGCUUCCGGUCUGUGUAUCAUAUCGAACCUGGAUGAGGUGGCUUUUAUACAGAACUUGGUGUUCUACAUUGAGGCUGCUUAUAAAGUCGCUGAUUAUGGCAUGUGGGAGAGAGGAGACAAGACAAACCAGGGGAUUGCUGAAUUAAAUGGAAGCUCUGUGGGUAUGGCAAAGGCUGCUCUAGAGGCCAUUGAUGAACUUGACCUGUUUGGAGCUCAUGGAGGCCCCAGAUCUGUGAUCCAUGUUCUACCAGAUGAAGUGGAGCAUUGCCAGUCAAUCCUGUGCUCCAUGCUGCCACGAGCUUCUACAUCUAAGGAGAUCGAUGCUGGUCUGCUCUCAGUUAUCUCCUUCCCUGCGUUUGCAGUUGAGGACGCUGACCUGGUCAACAUCACCAAGGGUGAGAUCAUCUCCAAGCUGCAGGGACGUUACGGGUGCUGUCGGUUUAUUAGAGAUGGCUACAAGACCCCAAAAGAGGAUCCUUCUCGGCUUCAUUAUGACCCAGCAGAACUGAAGCUGUUUGAGAACAUUGAAUGUGAAUGGCCAGUCUUUUGGACUUACCUCAUACUGGAUGGUGUCUUCAGUGGAGAUCAUGUACAGGUGCAGGAAUACAAGGAGGCCCUGGAGGGCGUCUUGAUCCGAGCUGAACAUGGCAUCCGGCUGAUGCCUGAGCUUUACGCUGUACCUGCUGACAAGGUUGAAGAUGAGUACAGGAACCCUCACAGUGUAGACCGUGUAGCCACAGGCCAGUUGCCUCACUUAUGGGGACAGUCUCUGUACAUUCUGAGCAGCCUGCUCGUAGAGGGAUUUCUUGCUCCCGGAGAGAUAGAUCCUCUAAACAGAAGGUUUUCCACUGGCUUCAAACCAGAUGUUGUUGUCCAAAUUAGUGUAGUAGCAGAGAGUGAGAAGAUCCAGGCACUCCUGAGGGAUAGUGGGGUUGAGGUGCAGACUGUGUCUGAAGUCCAGCCCAUCCGAAUCAUGUCAGCUCGUAUUCUGAGCCACAUCUAUGUCAAGCUGGGAAACUGUAGGAAGCUGAAUUUGACCGGGCGGCCGUAUCGACACAUUGGUGUACUAGGGACUUCUAAGAUCUAUGAGAUCAGGAAUUGUACCUACACUUUUACCCCGCAGUUCAUUGAUCAGCAUCAUUUCUACCUGGCUCUGGAUAAUCAGAUGAUAGUGGAGAUGUUGAGGACCGAGUUGGCCUACCUCUCUUCCUGUUGGCGGAUGACCGGGAGACCCACUCUCACUUUCCCGAUUACACAAAGCAUGCUGGUGGAGGACGGUGAAAGCAUAGAUCCUUGCAUCCUGUCCACUUUGAGAAAGCUUCAGGAUGGCUAUUUUGCAGGAGUGAGAGUUCAGAUGGCAAACCUCUCCACAUUCCUUACUACCUCAUUCCACACCAAGCUCAGCUUCAUGGACGCUGACUCAGAGGAGAACCUUGAAGAUGAAGAUGAAGAGGAUAACUACAGCGAAGGUGAAGACGAUGAAGAUAAAGUUCAUCAUUUUUCCAGCAGUGGAGAUUCCAAAGAUGAGCUCGACCAGUAUUUCGCCCACCUUCUGCAGAGCACAGCCCCAAAGUCGCAUCUCCCUCCCAUCCAGAUGGGGCAGGACCAUGUUUUCAGUGCUGAGCACACCACCAGGGACAUCCUAACUCUCAUGGCUCAGGUUCAGGGCCACAACAUGCCUAAGGCGUCUAUGUAUUUACCUGUGGUCCCCAUCAUGAGCAAACACAGGAAGUCUCUGAACCUGCUGGAACUCCCACAUCCUCAACACCACACUCCUCAACAACACCAGAAGGCUCCUGCUCCAGACCUUCACCUGCCCCAUGAUGCUCAAGGCAACACAGACUUUGCUGCGCUCGUAAAUCACCUGAAGGAAUGUCCCACAUUACAGGACCAGGCUGAUAUUCUUUAUAUCCUCUAUGCUAUGAAAGGUGCAGACUGGAUGGUGAAUAUAUCGGGACAGAAGGGAGCCACAGUGCGUGCUCUGCUUGAGGAGCUUUAUGUCAAAGCUGGAGUGUGUAAAGAGUGGGGACUUAUUCGGUACAUCUCGGGCAUCUUGAAGAAGAAGGUAGAGGUCUUGGCAGAGGCUUGUACUGAUCUGAUCUCGCAUCAAAAGCAGCUGACAGUGGGACUUCCUCCAGAGCCAAGGGAGAAAGUCAUCACUGUUCCUCUCCCACCUGAAGAACUGAAUAAUUUGAUCUAUGAGGCCAGCGGUCAGGAUAUAAGCAUUGCUGUACUUACCCAGGAAAUCAUGGUGUACCUAGCCAUGUAUGUGCGCUCCCAGCCGAAUCUGUUCGGAGACAUGCUGCGUCUGAGGAUAGGCCUUAUCAUGCAGGUGAUGGCCACUGAGCUUGCUCGUAGUCUCCAGUGUUCAGGCGAGGAGGCAUCUGAAGGGUUGAUGAACCUGAGUCCAUCAGACAUGAAAAAUCUGCUUCAUCACAUCUUGAGUGGGAAAGAGUUUGGAGUGGAGAGGAGCGUGCGUCCCACUGUGUCCAUGGCCACCAGUCCAGCCAUAUCCAUCCAUGAGCUCGGACACACAGGAGCCACUAAAACAGAACGCACAGGUAUCAGGAAGCUGAAGAGUGAAAUCAAACAGAUCUUUACUGGCGGUUAUUCCACAGGCAGUAAUGUCACAUCCCCCCGUUCCACGAGGUGUAGUAGUCCUUCGACCCCCAGUGGCGUCAUGUCACCCACAGGUACGGGAGACUCACACCUGCAGUGGGAAGAGCGUCAGGGACAGUGGCUGAGGAGACGCCGCCUGGAUGGCGCUAUUAAUCGAGUGCCCAUGGGCUUCUACCAGAAAGUGUGGAAGAUCCUGCAGAAAUGCCACGGCCUCUCAAUCGCAGGAUACGUUCUGCCAUCCUCUACCACCCGUGAGAUGACAGAGGGCGAGAUCAAGUUUGCUGUUCAUGUGGAGUCUGUGCUGAACCACGUUCCUCAGCCCGAGUACCGGCAGCUGCUGGUGGAGGCCAUCAUGGUGCUCACCCUAGUGGCCGAUAUGGAGAUCACAAGCAUCGGUGGAAUUAUUCACAUCGACCGGAUUGUUCAAAUGGCAAAUGAACUGUUCUUGCAGGACCAGAAAUCUAGCGGGGCCAAUGAGUUUUUCCUGGAGAAAGAUCCUGCCACAGGAAUCUGCAACUACUUCUAUGACAGUGCCCCCAGCGGCAGCUACGGCUCUAUGACCUAUCUGUCCAAAGCCGUGGUCACAUACGUUCACGACUUCCUCCCCAGUGGCAGCUGUCUGAUGCAGUAAAAUAAAUCGGCUUCAGGAACCUCUCUAUCGACCUGGGAUCAGUCAAUUUAAUAACAGUCCUGCUUUUCUCAGCUGUGGUGUCAGAUCAGCAGGAGAGCGUUGGCCUGAGUGGCGGAUAUUCCUAAAGAGGCAGAAGUAGUUCACUCUAGACCACUGUGGAGCACUGUGUUAUUAAUUAGCAUGUACCAUUAUAUAAUAUGUAUUUAUUAUUAUUAUUUAAUUUGUUAGCCUAAGUAAAUUAAUUACUUUUAAUUUAAAUAUUUAAGAAUUUAUCAUUUUAUUCAAGAAUUCCACAAUUUUAUGAAACAUAAAUGGUGACCAGUAACCCAUAAUAUUAUCAUGAAAACACAAUACCUUACGAUACAUGUAUAUUUUCUGUUGUAUUGCUCUCUCUUUAUGGUUAUUAAUGAAUGUACCUAAUGUUUUGCUUUAGGAAUUAUUGCUCAUGGAUACACUGUGUUAAUGUAACACUGAAUAAUGCUAUAACAAUACUUAUAUUACAUACUGAUAUCUGUUGAUGUAUUACACUGAUGACAAUUACAAUAGUACAGUAUAAUUGACCUGUUAUAUAAGUACUGUAUUUGGGGCAUGUUUACAUGAAUAUCUUACACUGAGAUGAAUGUAAAACCAAAAGGGGAAACUGUUGAUUUUUCAUCUUUACUGUACAUUUGCUUCUCUGCUCUCACUGGCAGAGUUCACAGCUUCAUUUCUCAUGUAUGUUGAGUCAAGAUUUAGUGGCUAUAUUUAAUAGUGCACCAUUUCACUUAAUCACAUUGAGUGUAUAAAUUCGAUCUGUUUUAUGAAGAUCCUGCAUGUCAUUGUAUUUAUUUUCAGCCAAACAAAGGUUAAUUACAGAUCUACACUUACUGAGCACUUUAUUAGUAAUACCUGUAUAACUACUCAUUCAUGUAGGUAUUUAAUCAGCCAAUCAGGUGGCAGCAGGGCAAUACAUAUAAUCAUGCAUAUAUGGGAUAGCAGCUCCAGAUAAUGUUCACAUUAUGUUUAGAAAUGUGAUCUCAGUGAUUUUUACUGUGGCAUGAUUGUUGGUGCCAUAUGGGCUGGUUUGAGUAUUUCUAUAACUGAUCUGGGAUUUUCAUGCCUCUGGAGCAGGGGUGUCCAAUCUUUUCAUUCCAACCAAGCAGGAGCCACACCUGAUUCCACCUGUUAAUCAGUUGAGCUUGGCUUUCAGUAGACUCAGGUGUGGCUUCUGCUCGGUUGGAAUGAAAACCUGCACCCACACAGGUCCUUUGCGGGUAAGAUUGUACACCCCUGGCCUAGAGUUUACUCAGAAUGGUACAAUUAAGAAAAAACAGCCAGCGAGUGGCAGUUCUGUGGAUGGAAACACCUUGUUGAUGAGAGAGAUCAACGGAGAAUGGCCCGACUGGUUCAAGCUGCCAGAAAGGCUACAGUAACUCAGAUAAUCACUCUGUACAAUUGUGGUGAGCAGAAAAGUAUCUCAGCAUGCACAACAAGUCGAACCUUAAGAUGGAUGGGCUACAACAGCAAAAGACCACGCCGGGUUCUGCUUCUGUCAGACAAAGAACAGAAAGCUGAGACUGCAGUGGUUACAGGCUCGCCAAAACUGGUCAGUUGAAGAUUGGAAAAACGUAACCUGGUCUGAUAAAUCUCCGUUUCUGCUGAAGUACACAGAUGGUUGGGUCAGAAUUUGGCACCAACAACAUGAAUCUAUGAUCUAUGGACCCAACCUGCCUUGUGUCAACAGUCCAGGCUGGUGGAGGUGGUGUAAUGGUGUGGGGAAUGAUUUCUUGGCACACUUUGGGUCUGUUAAUACCAAUCAAUCAUUGCUUGAAUGCACAGUCUAUUUGAGUAUUGUUGUUGACCAUGUGAAUCCCUUCAUGGCCACAAUUGACCAUCUUCUAAUGACUACUUCCAGCAUGAUAAUGCACCAUGUCAUAAAGUCGCAUCAAACUGGUUUCAUGAACAUGACAAUGAGUUCAGUGUUCUUCCCAGACACCGGAUCUGAAUCCAAGAGAACACCUUUGGGAUUUUUGAGAAUUUCGCUAGCAAAGAAGAAAACAAGUUAGCUAAUCUAUUAGGCUAAUCUGUAUGCAAAUUCGCUAAGAAGG